AUGAAUUCAACCUGGUAUAAUGUUGAUAACCUGGAGGAAUGUAAUGAAGUCUACAAAUCUUUUGCCUUUAAGAUUGCUAUGUAUUCAGUUCUUACCAUAGCUGUGCUAUUAACUGUUGGUGGCAACUUAUUUGUAAUUAUGUCGAUCGUCUAUUUUAAGCAGCUCAAAUCUCCAAAACAUGUGUUAAUUUUUUCCUUAGCUAUGGUUGAUCUUCUUCUGGGAAUAUGUGUUCUUCCUUUCAGCAUGGUUAGAACAGUUGAAACAUACUGGUAUCUGGGGUCAUUUUUUUGCAGACUGCACACAUGUUUAGAUAUUUUGUUUUGUACAUCAUCAGUUUUUCAUUUGUGUUUCAUUGCCAUAGAUCGCUACUAUGCAGUAUGUGAUCCACUUCGAUAUGCAAGUAUCAUCAACACAAGAAUUGCAUGGUGGCUAGCAGUCUUAGGAUGGGUCAUACCAGUAAUUUACAGCUUUGGCUUCAUUUACACCAAAUCCAAUGACCCUGGAUUGGAUGAUUUAGUUGCUAUUUUUUCAUUGAAUGGUAAUUGUGUCUUGCUGUUUAAUAAACUGUGGGCGCUGCUUGAUUCCCUUGUUUUUCUUCUGCCCUGUUUUGCUAUGAUUGUUAUAUACAUUAAAAUUUUUAUGGUAGCUAAAAAGCAGGCUAGAAACAUAGAGAUAAUGGAAAACAGAAUACAGUGGCUGAAAGAAUGCAGAACAAAACUGAGAAGAAAUCGGGAACAAAAGGCUGCAAAAACAUUAGGGAUCUUAAUGGGAGUCUUUUUGGUUUGCUGGGUCCCAUAUUAUACCAAUUCACUGAUAGAUGCUUUUAGUGAUAUUUCAAUUUCAUCAGCUGUUUUUGAAAUAGUUUUGUGGCUAGGUUACAUGAAUUCUACCUUUAAUCCAAUGAUUUAUGCUUUCUUUUACCCAUGGUUUAGAAAGGCUCUCAAGAUUAUGGUAACAUGCAGAUGUAUGAAUCCUAACUCUUCAAGUGAACAGCUGAAUAUAGAAUGA